CGGGGAAGCGUCGCCUCCUCUCCCGUGCGCGUGAACGCGGAGAGGAGCCGCGUGAUCGGGCGCGCGCGGGGCGAACAACAGCCGCACAGCGGCCGCGUGCUUUUCCCCGGCCUCUGUUCCUUUAAUAAACUCAUGGUUAUCUAGUGUAACAAAUGUCUCGCUGCCAUCAUCAAGUCCAGGCGAGGAGGGAGGAGUUUUUAAUGUUCAGUUUGUUCUAUGGAUCGAUGUCUGCUGGCAUCGCCGCUCCCCCUCGCACGCACCGUGCGUAAUAUACUGUACCAGCACCAAAGGCUUCUUUUUUUCCACGCGCAUUUCGCUCCGCAGAUCAUCCGGCGAAAAUCUGGCCGCGGGACCGACUGACACAAGUCGAUCAACAUAUGUGGCACUGAUGGACAAAAGCGGAUGGUGAACGGAGACGCGUCGCGCCCCCCCCCCCUCGUAGUAGGAGGAAGAAUAAGAAGAGGAAGGUGUAAGAACGAGACCGAUUUGACAUCAGUUUCCCAAUGAAAGCGAUCGCUGCGUGGAUUUUUGAACACAGUGAGAGAGACUGAACUACUAGCUAGAAUAAAGACGCGCACACGCACGCACGCACGCACGCACACACACCACUCUCUAUGCAAGGACUAUCGUAGACCGCAGUCAGAUUUCACCUGGACCCCGUAGAAGAACUGCGACUCCAAAAAAAUGCCACGGAGGAAACAGCAGGCGCCCAAACGGGCUGCGGUGUACAUGCCAGACGAUGGUGCUGUUCUUCAAGUUUCCAUCACAGAGGAAGAUAGCGAGAAUGACACCCAAACUGAGGAGGAAUGCUCAGAGAAGACCAGCCCCAAACUGUCUGAGGACAGAGAACUAGACAACAAGAGCACCAAUGCUUACAGCAACCAGAACUCUCCCAUUAGUGUCCUGUCCAAUCAAGAGGCUGAAUUAGAGUCGCACCUUAGUGACAGCAGUGAUAGACUCUCCGAUUUCAAAACCUCCUCGCCAUCUGAGAGCCAAAGGGAUGAAGAAAGUCGCAGCUCCAAACACAAGGAAGACAUGGGCAGCAGCUUAGAGAAAAUGAGGGCAGCCUAUGCAAACUUUCUCUCUGAUUCCUACUGGACGGGAAUAGGAAUGGACUUAAAAGUGGGCAAAAACACCAGCAAAGCUAACUGUGAUAGCACCAAUGGAAGCACCAAGAGUGAGUUUGAUUGGCACCAAGAUGCACUCUCCAAAACCUUGCAACAGACACUCUCUCCAAAGCCUGCAUCCAAACCCAACCUCUUUAGCUCAGUUCACCUGUACAGGCAAACCACCAAACCUUGUGGUUCCGUGUUUACAGGAGCAAGCCGGUUUCGCUGUAAGGAUUGUAGUGCCGCUUAUGACACCCUUGUGGAGCUCACGGUCCACAUGAACAAGAGUGGACACUACCAGGACAACAACCACAGCAAACAGAAUAAUUCCUCUGCCUCUUCCUCUAAGUCUAGGAAACGCAAUUUACAAGACAUGGAAGGGAAAGAGGAUGCACAAAAGGUUUUGAAGUGCAUGUUCUGUGGGCACUCUUUCGACUCACUCCAGGAUUUGAGCGUCCAUAUGAUUAAAACAAAGCAUUACCAAAAAGUGCCUUUAAAAGAGCCAAUCCCAGUAAUCACACCCAAAUUGUUGCCACCAGCAAAGAAACGGGCUUUUGAAGCAGUAAGACCUUGCUCUCCAGACUCUACGACUGGUGUAUCUGGCUACACUGAGGCUCAAAGGGCAGCAACCAUUUCAAAUGCUAAUAGUAAUCGCUAUAGCUAUCAAAACGGAGCAAGUUAUACUUGGCAAUUUGAAACAUGUAAGUCUCAGAUUCUUAAGUGCAUGGAGUGUGGAAGCUCCCAUGACACUCUCCAGCAACUCACCACACACAUGAUGGUCACAGGACACUUCAUCAAAGUCACAAAUUCAGCCUCUAAAAAGGGUAAACAAUUAGCACUUGACCCCCUGGCCAUAGAGAAGAUCCAGGGUUUAGCUGAGCCUGCUGCCAGUGAUACUGAGGGGGAUAAGGUGUCUCCAAAAAAUGCCUCCCCUGCUAGGAGUGAGAAGGAUUGCCAGCGGGAAGGCACAUCAGACAAAAUGGAAGAAACUGAAGCUAAAGAUGAUAAGCAAGAAAAUAAAAAUCAAAAGGCAGCCAAUGGGGCUUUCAAGUACCCUUAUCUCCGUGAGGAGGAUCUCGAACAGGACUCAGGUGCAGGAGGGGACAUUCUCAAAUCUUUAGCCAACACGGUGGCCUCUGCUAUCAAUAAAGCUCAAACAGGGACACCAAGCUGGAGUGCCUACCCGAGCAUUCAUGCUGCCUAUCAGCUCUCAGGCAUCAUCAAAAGUGCUCCACUCUCUGCAUCUCCGCCUGCUCAGCUAAAGCAGACAUUUAACCACAAGCUGAGACCAAUUGCCCCAAAGGGGAAGUUAUACCACAAUACUCCGGGAACAGAGGCUCCCCAGCGACAGCAUCAAAAUGUGGAAAUCAAAAAAGAAAAGGCUGGCAUUAGCGAUAGCAAAGAAAGUCAAAAUAUGAAGUUUGAUCUGGUUGAGAAUGAUGAAAGCGAUUGUCAGGAUGAGUCCUCUUGCUCUUCAAAGCUUGAUGCAGACUACAUGAAUGAAGGAAGUGAGGUGAUCAAAGAGAAGUUGAGCCCAGAUUUUUCUGACAGAGGCAAGACACCGAGUCCCUCUGCCAACAAUGGACGCAGCACUACAGAUCCUCUCAGUGACAUUCCAGAUAUUCUUGGCAUAAACCCUCUCAGUGCACUGCAGUCAGUUUUGAACAAUCACCUGGGCAAAGCAAACAAACCCAAUAACUCGAGACUAGAUAAACUCUCUGCUCAUACCCAGUCCAUUUUUGCUGACAUGAACCGUAGCAGUGAGAAACCUGUUAAGUUGGGAAAUCUUAUAAAAAGUAGGCCUGAUACCUUUCUCUUUGUUAACGAUGACCAACCAAUAGACCUGACAAAAUCUAAAUACAACAAGCCAAGUUCAUCGCUACUCCAGCCCUCCGCCCUGAUUCCACAGAAAUAUGCUCUGUCUGACAUAGCUGAUAUGGUGAAAGAUCUUCCAAAAGCCACAACACCAAAACCAUCCGUACCGUCACGAAUCCCCGCCAUGAAACUGGAAUCAGAUGUCAGGCGGUUCGAGGACGUGUCUGCAGAGGUGUAUUCUGUCCACAAGCGUAAAGGCAGACAGUCCAACUGGAAUCCUCGCCAUCUUCUCAUCCUGCAAGCUCAAUUUGCCUCCAGCCUUUUCCAGACCUCUGAGGGGAAAUAUUUGCUCUCAGACCUUGGCCCUCAGGAACGGAUGCACAUCUCCAAGUUCACCGGUUUGUCCAUGACCACCAUAAGCCAUUGGUUAGCAAAUGUAAAAUACCAACUGCGGAAAACUGGAGGGACCAAAUUUCUGAAGAACAUGGACACAGGCCAUCCAGUUUUCUACUGCAAUGACUGCGCUUCCCAGUUUAGGUCACCCACCACAUUUAUUUCCCAUCUGGAAUCCCAUCUUGGGUUUCAAAUCAAAGACAUGUGCAAAAUGCCAGUAGAGCACCAGACGAAGGUAGAGGAGCCAGAACUGUCAAAGGUCCUCAGUGUCAGAGCCACAGAGGCUCUGGUCACAGAGGAAGACAUUGACGCAAAGUUCAAAUGUAAGCUCUGCUGUCGGACAUUUGCAAGCAAUCAUGCAGUCAAACUUCAUUUGAGUAAAACUCAUAGCAAAUCACCUGACAACCAUUCACAAUAUGUAGAAAUGGACAAGGAGUAGUUUCAUAUUAUUGUCACUUUUAUUAUUUUCUUCCCUUUUUUUUAAAUACACGGGUCAGAUAUUUCAAUCGUUUUUCAAUUAGCGUUGUAUAGUGUGCAUCAAUACAAUGUUUAAAACAUUUCAUAGAGUACAGCAAAAACACACUGGUUAGAAAUUGUAUAAGGAAACACUAAGAGAUACUUUUGCACCCUGCUAAAAUGCAUCACCAGUAAUGAAAUAUAUUACUGCUUGAAGAAAUAUAAUUGCUGAUGUUUGCAUGCAAUAGCCUGGGCUAUGACUACUAUUUAUUUGUAUUAUAUGUCAAGUUUCAAUUGUAUUUCAAAGACAAAAUAAUGAACUAAUUGUACUUUACAACUUCUGUAAUACAGUAUAUCUGCAUAAAUGUGCAGCUAAUACAACAAGAAGUGUAUUGCUAUGUAAAGAUGUUUUGUGUUGCAAUGAUAGAAGAGAAAAAAUGCACUUUAAUAAAUGUUUAAUCACCAGUUUAGACUCUGAUUAUGUACAUGACUCAAAAGUAGCUAGGCUAGUUUGGCAUUUCACAUGUACUGUAAAUAUAUUUUAGAAGAGAAAAAAAACAGUGUGUUUCAUGCAACAAGGUAAAGGCAAAAACAGAUGAUACCUGUGAUACAUGCACCUUUUUUACUUAUUCGAAUAAACAGUUAACAUUUUAAUAAGA